AUGUUGGUUGAAACCAAUCUAGGGGAUUUUGAUAAUUAUAGCAACACGAAUGCUGACCAUCAGUCACAAGCAAUGCAAGUUAGUCCAGCAGUCCCCUCUGCGAGGCCAAACCAUAAGAGAUCAAAGAAUUUCAGUGACCACGAAGAUGAGGUUUUGGUUUCAGCGUGGCUGAAUAUAAGUUUGGAUCCGGUCGUAGGCAAAGAUCAAAAAGGUGGCAGGUAUUGGUCUCGUAUCUGUGACUAUUUCCAUAAGCACAAGACGUGCCAAUCAACGCGUAUCAUUAAUUCUCUAAUGCACCGGUGGGAGACCAUACAGAAAUGUGUGAACAUUUUUUGUGGAUGUCUAACACGGAUUGAGUUAAGGCGUCAAAGUGGUACUACAAUGCAAGACAAGGUUGCAGAGGCAUGUGCUUUGUACAAGGCCGAAGACCAACAUAACAAAGCAUUUCAGUUCAUGUAUUGCUGGGAUAAGCUGAGAACACAACCGAAAUGGCUUGCUAAACUUGAUGAAUUGGUUGCUGCUAAAACAUCUAACAAGAAGCAGAAGACAAGGCCUACUGUUGAUCCGAGUGCAACUUUACCAAGUGAAAUAGGACAAGAUGCAGUUGAAGACUUAGAUGCUAAUGCAUUGACAAGGCCAAUUGGUAAGAAGAAGGCAAAAGCAGCAUUGCUGCAAGAGAAGAAAAAAAGUGUGACAGCAACCUUAGAAAAUAUGUGGGCACAGUUAAAACAAACUGAUGAGGAGAAAGAUCUAAAGAAAGAUCAGAGGUUCAACAAAGCAUUUGCUCUAGAACAGGAACGAGUAGCAAAUGAAAAACUACUUCUUGAGUUAAAACAAACUGAUGAGGAGAAAGAGCUAAAGAAAGAUCAGAGGUUCAACAAAGCAUUUGCUCUAGAACAGGAACGAGUAGCAAAUGAAAAACUACUUCUUGAGGUGAGGAGACAGGAGGUCCAAUUGCAGAAAAAGAGGGAUGAAGAGAGGAUUAUGACCAUGGACCUUAGUGCCAUGCCAGAUGAGCAAAAGAAAUACUACAUGUGCUUGCGGGCUGAGAUCAUGAGCCGAGUAUUUAAUUAG